ACGUUAAAAUCUGACAAAUAGGAAUAAAUAGCUGCUCAGUUAAAAUCUGAAUAAAUAGGAAUAAAUACUUGCCCAUGUUAAAAUCUGACAUAAAUAAGAAUAAAUAGCGGAUUAAAAGUCUGAACAGAGAAUAACGUCGCUGCCCCUUUAAGGAACCAGCGUCACAGACGCGACGCCUGGGUGACGCUGCGGUGCACAAACCAGAGGGAGAGAGCAGAGGAGGAAUCGGAGGAAAAGAGCAGUUGAUUGAUUAACGGAAAAAAAGUUAAUAUUAUAGUUAAUAAGACAUAAUUUACCUGGUCGGAAACUGACUGGGAUUUUAUGAGAACUGAGUUACAUCGGUUUUGGUCAGGUUUUUUUGUUCGGUUGGAAGCUCGGUCGGAGCGAAGAUUGGUCUGCCGUGUGCUCUUCUGCCGUGUGCGACGUCCACAUUCACAGACGGGAUUCAAGAUGGCGAGCCAGACCUAGACCUUCAAUUCAUCUUUUCCAUCAUAUCAGGGAAGGACUCUCCUGCGUAUGAUAAUUCGCUGCCGGAGCGCUCAUUGGCUGAUCCUGCGGCUCUGGCGGAAGGCCGCGCCGGAAGCAGCAGCUGCGCCGCCGCGGAUGGAGUGUCGAUCCGCCGCCGUGUCGUCCCUCAGCUGGGCGCUGGUGGUCGGCGGGGCGGCCUACCUGCUGCGGCAGACGCGCCGCUGCGGAGAGUACGGCCGCUACGCGCAGCCGGGCGGCCGCUGCUGGCCCGCCGGCCCGGCCUGGUUCCUGCAGGAGGUUCCGUCCUUCCUGGUUCCGCUGCUGCUGCUGGGUUCUGCCGAACCGGGCUCUGGCACCGGGAGGUCGCUGCUCGUCUGGAUCUUCAUGCUGCACUACUUCUACAGGAGCUGCAUCUACUCCCUGCUGACCCGCGGACGGCCGGUUCCUCUGAAGAUCAUCUGCUCCUCCGUCGUCUUCUGCUCUCUGAACGGCUUCCUGCAGGGACACCACCUGCUGCACUGCGCUCACCUGCAGCACACCUGGCUGACCGGCGCUCGCCUCUCUGCAGGUGUUCUGGUGUUUGCUGUCGGUCUGACCAUCAACAUCCACAGUGACCAUAUCCUGCGUAACCUGAGGAAACCUGGGGAGUACGUCUACAGGAUCCCCCGCGGGGGGAUGUUUGAGUUAGUUUCUGGUGCCAACUUCUUUGGGGAGAUCACCGAGUGGUGCGGCUUCGCCCUCGCUGCUUGGUCCUUUCCAGCCUUCGCCUUUGCCUUCUUCACCAUCUGCUCCAUCGGGCCCAGAGCCUACCAUCACCACAGGGACUAUAAGCGGAGGUUUGAGGACUACCCCCGCUCCAGGAAAGCCAUCAUUCCCUUCAUUCUGUAGGGAUGGAGGCCCGACCCGUGAGAACUGGUACCUUCUGCAUGGAGGCUUUUGCAGUUCCUCCUCCUCAGAGAACCAGUACAUGCUCCAUAAAUCCAACCCAGAACCAUCCUGGUGCUCCUCCGUCACUGUGAGGUUCGGAUCCUUCACAGAACUGGACCGGUACAGGCUGACGUUCCCUCCAUCCAGGACUGGGUAUAGGUCAAGGGUCAGGACCCGCACAUCCUGGACUCAAACUAUCCAGGCUUUUACCAUCAGGUGGCGCUACAGAGUCAUCUGCUGCUCUGCAGUGAAACUAAAUAAGCAGAUUUGAAAUGUUACAACCUGAUAUUUUCUUUAAAAAUGGUUCUAUAUUCACAUAUAUGUACUUUUUAUUUCCUCUAAACUUUAUGUAUUUGUCUUCAUGUCGGUACUCCAUCACAAUAAACAUUAAAGCUGAUUCAGACUGUGA